UUAAUUCAAAACAAAACCCCACCUCUCCCCUUCCCCUGUUUCCAAUCGCAUUGGUGUGGGGGAUCAGCUCAAUAAAACAAAGAAGAAGAAGAAGAAGCCACAAAGGGGUAAAAGCCCCACCCCACCCCACCCCACCCUACCAUGGCUUCUGCCCUCUCUCUCUCCCUAGCCUUGCUCUCCGCCACCCUCUUCCUCGCAAGUGCCCCGGCGACAGAUGCCUCCCGCCCAUCCCGUGGACUGGGAUCCGUCUGUCGCCACACCGACUACCCCACCCUCUGCCAGUCUGCAUUGGGAAGGCGCCAACAUGUUGACCCCAUAUCGGCCACCGCAGCCUCGGUCAAAGCCCUCAUGGCCAAGACUGCACAGGCUCGGGCAUAUGCUCAGAGGUUGAUCACGUCCGGGAGAGUGUACGGGAUGGGCAAAGGAAACUUGAAGGUGUGCAAGGAAAACUACUCUGAUGCGUUGGCUAACUUGGCCACUUCGCUGAAGAAUUUACAUUCCCGGGCUCAUGCUGACCUCUUGAGCAACCUCAGCGCCGUGGGGACAGAUAUCGACACGUGCGACGAUGGGUAUAAAGAGACACCAGGAUUGCGGUCGCCCAUGGUGAAUUACCAGAAAAACCUCAGCAAGAUGGCCAGCAACUGCCUUGCAUUGGCAACCGCCGUGAAGAAAGGUCAUUGAUUCGUCGCAAUGCCGGAGAUUAGUGAGGUUGAGGUUGUGGUUAAUGGUUGUGUGUUGAGUUCAUUUCAAAUUCUUGGGCUUUAGAGGUCUCUUGUUCUUUCCUGGUUUGUUUCCCUGCAUCUCUGCUCUUUCCUUCUUCUUUUUUUGUUAUUUUUUAUUUAUUUUUUUUAAAGGGGGGUGGGGGGUUUGGGAUUUUUACGAGUGCCUUGUGGAGAGGGUUUGGCAAAUUACAGUCAUGGUUUAAGUAUUUACUUAUUCCUAGGCAGUAUGUCAUAAGAGAGGGCAUGUGUUUCCCGUAACACAAGGUAGAAUUCAAGAGUUGAGAGUGAGAGGGACUUCUUUCUUUCUGAAAAUAAAAGAAAACGGUUUUUAAUGAUGGAAAGUCCUUUGUCUAUGAUGAAAUAUUAUGCUUAAAAGGCUGGAGAGCCGAUAAAUAAAUCUAGGUGCUUGUUUAUAUGA